AUGGCGGAAGGAGAGGCUUUCGUUUGUCAGUGUUUUUUUACUCAUAACAUAUUCUUAAAGAACUAUGAAGCCCAUGUUGUGUUCGAAAGCGAAGAACAGUUUCAGUGUGAUUAUCGUAGGGUAUGUAAAUAUUGAUAUUUUUCGUCUUGUAACUGGUAAAGUAACUCUGUAACAUGUAAGCGUGAAGGUGUAAUUCUUUGAUUGUUAUUUGAAUACUUGUGUUUGACGCAGGCACUUUGUGGUAGAGGCUGUAAAAGUGAUGAGCAGUGGAAAGAAUUACUGACAGAGGUGAUUCAAACAUAACUUUUAGCAACGGUUUCCAUUUGACCAGCGUAGCAUUUCUUGUGAGCUUGUAAGUUCAUUUAUAGUCCACAAUGAAGGACUAAAGUGUCGAGACACUUCCAUAAAAUGGCCCCUUUUUCGCAUAGUGGACAUAUCUAUCCCCUCCCCCUACAUACCACCACCCCCUCCUCACCCAAAUCAAUGUUGUGUUUUAAAACCCUCAAAUCUUUGUUCAACUACAAGCGAAACUUUGUGAGAGCAGUCACAUGAUCAUCACUAAAUGUUUCUUAUGAAUGCUUUCACUCAGAGGGUCAGGGUCAAAAGACAAACUUCACAUGUUACAAACCUUACGCUAAUGAGCAAAAUCUUUUGUCCUUGCUCGUUAUCAUAAUUUAGGCUCCUAACACGUGGAGAUUAAUGUUUGACCAUGGCCUUGACUUUCCAAGACAGUUUUAACAAGCUUAUCUCACAUUAGCUUGCAUGGCAGGCAUCUAUGAGCUCAGUAAGGCAAACAGCACAUUUUGUGCAAUGCAUAAAACAAGUAUAGAGCAUGAGAAAAGGGAAAAUAAUUUUCCUUCCUUUCCUUUUGUUUAGGUGAAGAAUGAAAUAGAGAGGAGAAGAAAUCUAGGUAGAGAGUCACAGAAGCGGAGAAAGCUAAUUGCUAAUAAAUAUAUACCACUACAUCCUCAUGUAUAUACUUUGAAGGUAAAUAUUUCUUUAUAGUCAGGGCUUGAACUUCAAUUCCAGCUUGUCCUUUGGGCAGGCUGCUCUCACAUUUCACUUUCCCAGGACAACUUCUUGCUGGUCUUUGUUAAUGAUUUUAUUAGAGGGUGACUUGCCUGCACCCUUGCUCAUUGAGCAAGUAAGCUUAAAAAGUUACUUGUUCAGCAAGAAAAUCUGCUUGUCCCGGAUUACUGGAUGGGACUUUUUUUCGAGCUCUAAUAGCCUGCGAGCUAGCUCUCUGGGGUGCUCUGGCGGCAGGGCAGGAAAAGGAAGGAGAGCUUGCAACUAUGUCGUUGGAAUUUGAAUUCCACCUCCAAUUCCCCCAUGGCUCCCUGUCGACUGAGCUGUCAGAUUUCUGCCAAUCCGCGUGAAGCAGAAACAAGCACGAAUGAAAACAAAGAUUGAAAAACACGUGCCAAGGGUAACGUCAUCUCCGCCAAUCAGCAUUUCGCAUUGACUUUUUCGAUGCGGAUAUUCAAAUUCCAAAGACGUAGUUGCAAGCCCUCCUUCCUUUUCCCGCCCCAGCACCUGAGCGUCCCGGAGAGCUUGCUUGCAGGCUAGAGCUCUGAUAGUGUUGGUUAAUGGGUUACGAUAAAUAACAAAACUGCUCUACCAGAAAAAAAGUAAGAAAACUUGGUUCUUGAUUGUGUAAUUUCCAAUCCACAUUUUCACUAUUGCUGCUAGUGCUUGCAGUGUGCAUAUUUGCCUUUUGUUUAUCCCCAGCGGGCUAUGAGUUAUGGAUUUGAUGUAUUAAUAAUUAUUUUCUUUUUUGUCAUACACUAAUAUUAUUUUUUGUGUGUGUCCCAUAUUUCCAUGGGAGGAUGGGGGUCCUGGGGGAGGGGGUAUGGUUUAACAUGGGUCAAAUAUAGGAAAGAACUUAUCACUGAGGCUUUCAGGAACACAACUCCAUUGUUGGGUGCCUUCUUUAUAGAGAAUAUGGUUUUUUAUGAACCUUUAGCUAAAUUGGCAACAGAUCAAAGGGUUUUUUUUUUCACAGCUUUAUUGGGUGCUCCUCCAGUGAAAUACAAUAUAAAUUUAUAAUACAACACACACACAAAAAAAGAAGCAAAAACCCAAAAGGGGUAGGUGCAAUGGGACUAACGUCCCAUGCGAGGCACCGCCCCUUAUUGGUUUCAUAACCUUUUACAGUAAGAAAAAUAUAUACUGAAAAACUGACUUGAGUAAUAAAAUACUAUUUUUUUCAUUUCAGGAGUCAUUCCUCGCAGAAAGUUUUUUAGCCCUGGUUCAUUAUGCAAAGGAUAACACAGAGGCUACUGCUGCAGGGUUACUUUCCAUAGUAAAGCAGUGUGAUGGCAAGUAUGGCUUGAGUCUUUUUACAAUCUAGAAGACCAGUGUUGUCAAUGAUAAGAGUAAUUAUAAUAACAGGGUUUGCAAAUUUUAUUGAUGAGUGGGGUCACUGUGACUUCUGCUUCACAAAUUUUGGAGUCAUUUAGGAAUAUUUGGAGUCAAGUAUCACAACGAAAAAAGCCAUUUUCAGACUUUCGAGCACGUAGUCCUCUCGUGUAUACACUAUCGUGAUGGAUACACGAAGUAGCUGUGGCGGUCCGCUGACCUGGAAAGCUCAAAUCCAUGAUGGCGGUCAUCCAAUAAACUUUGAUCGUAAUUAACCCUCUUCCUAUUUGGUCGUGCAGUAUAAUUCUUUAAUUUCGAUGAUUUAAUUAAGGUUUACAACGUUUACAAUUAACGUAAAUUUGAUUUGUUGCGAAAAUGGUAAGGACAAAACUGUGUUUUUUACCGAAAAUUUCUGCAGUCGAAGUGGCUCCCUGUUUGUUACCGAAAAUUUCUCGCGUCGAAGUGACUCCCUCCGUAACCUCUGUGGAGUCAUCUGAACAAUGUUGGCGUAAAAUACGCCAAAUUUGGCGUAUUUGCGAACCCUGUAAUAAUAAUGCUGAUAAUAAUAAUAAGUCCUUAUUCGUCAGAUAAAAUACAUAUCAGAUGUUACAUAGAAAUUUUAAGAAACAAGUGCAAAGUACAGUUGUAUCAAUUCCAAGUAAAGAAAAAAAAAUACAAUGUAUUAUUGUAAAAUCAAAUAUUUGCACAACUGGGUUAUACUUAAAAUUAAUCUUUUAAAAAAGCUAUCUAAUACGUUUAUACAGGUAAAUUAAAAAAAAAUUAAAAAAUCUAAUAUCUAUGCAGCUAGGUCCUACUUAAGACUAACCUGUUCAAAAAUAUAUUUCUGAAAAGUUCAGUAUUUAUUCUAUUUCUUACUAUGGAUCCAUUUCUAAGUCACUCUUAUAUGUCCUUAUACCUGGGGAGAAAUUAUAAUUUAAUGGAUGGUCACAAUAUUUCAGUUUAAAAAAGAGGCCGCAUCCACUUUUUUCCAAUAACUCAUGGAUGUUAUAACUAACAGAUAUAUAGUGCCUGCACAGCAGCAAGGUCUGAAACGCUAGGUGCAUAAACUGAAAAUCAAUAUAUUAUUUUAGGCACAAUCGUAUUAAAAAGAUGGUCAAUUUCUCCUUGUGUAUAUCCUUCUUUUUCAUGGAGAACUUAAGUCAUGUUUUGCAUAUUUCCUACAGCCAAGAAUGUCUAUGCCUUUCAAGUAUUUACUCCAGAAUUUUGUGAGGAGUUUAUUGAGGAAAUAAACCACUUUGAAAAUACAGAACUACCAAAGGGAAGACCAAACACAAUGAAUAACUAUGGGGUAUGUCGGUCCGUUUUUACCAUAUCUGUUAUUAAUAUGCUGGUUCUGAGGUUUAGAAAGAGUGAGCCUCGUAGAAGGCAAUGUUUGUUUGACAAAAAACAGCAUAGCUGUAAAUCGGUAGAAGUCAGUCAAAAUAUAGAGGAAAAAGCAUACCCCAUCCUCCACCCUCCCAGCUCUUCAUAACGGGUGAAAUCACGGUGCAAAGAAAAUCAUUUUUACAGCUUGCCAUUCGGGCAAGCUGAAGCUAGCAUUUACUAGCCCAGGCGUCAUUUCAACUAGCCCCAAAAGCUUUUUGACGAGCAAAAUUGAUUUCACAGUUCUUCUGUUAUUCGAAUUGCUCAUGAAACAUCACUUGCCCGUCGGGCAAGUUAAAAACAGAAUUCACUAGCCAGAUAGCAAAAUCCACUAGCCCUGGGCUACCAGACGUUACUUUCUUUGCACGCUGGAAAUAUUCCUUGCCCAAGAGCUCCUCUGAAUGUCUUCAGGGCCUGGUUGUUUGAAGCUGGUUUAAGAUGACCCAGGGUAAGUGCGAAAUUUGAACUCACAUAUUAGAGCUUAAAAAAACAAAUUCAGUUUUUUUCUCUUUGCCUACAAUUUGAUGAUUGUGUGCUCUAAAAAGAAUAUAAAAAAUUAUCCAAGAGAGUGCUGUUUAUAAAAAGAAAAAGAAGCCCAGGUUAAAAUUUAACCCUGGCUUAGCGCUAAACGGCGUUCGAACAACUGGGCCCAGGGCUGUAACUAUGCGAAAUUGUCACCAAAGCUCCAUCUAAAAAAAAAUUAAUUUAUAGCUAGCUAUCUUUACCAUGUGCAUUUUUUAAAGCACACAAAAUAUCCAAUAAUAUUUAUAUUAUAUUUUAUACAAACUUAUGUUGCAAAAACAAGCAACAAUAAGUGGUUGGAGGUUGAUCUAGAAGCAGACAAGAGAUUUCACAAUAAUGGGAAAUAUUCCUUCCAAAACUUCUAAAUAUCCAAAACUGAGAUCCUCAUUUCUGCCUUUUUCUGACGGCAGGCUUUUUUGGCAUAUUGUUAGUAUUUAUUAAUUUGAAGUCAAUUAUUAAGCUAUAAAUGAAGGGUUUCUGGAAUAAAACUCUAAGUAAUUUCUGAUAAACUGCUAUAAUCUCAUUUUAAACUCAUGUUAUCAUGAGAGAAUUUGAGUCAAGAGUCCUUAGGGGCAUUUUGCCAUGGACCUUUCAAAAACAGUAUCUUUUGUUCAAUCUUCCCACUGAAAGGUCUGUAAGUUACAAAAUUAAUCAUAGUAACUUUAUUUGUAGUAAGGGUAUUUGUUGUGUCAAAGAGUUAAGGCUAAAAAUAUUAAAAAGAGUAGGGAUCAAGAUGGUAUGGCAUGGGCUUCUAAGUUCUGCUACGGGUUAUCUCCAGCAGGGUGCAAAGAAAGUCUUUUUUACAACCUGCCAUUCCGGCAAGCUGUAGCAAGAAUGUACUAGCCCACAAGUCAUUUCAACUAGCCCCAAGACCCUUUUUGAUUAGCAGGAUUGAUUACAAUCCUUCUUUAAUUUGAAUUUCCCAAAAAACAGCACUUGCCCAUCGGUCAAGUUAAGAACAAAAAUCACUAGCCCAAUAGCAAAAUCCACUAGCUCAGGGUUAUCGGACAUGACUUUCCUUGCAUGCUGUCUCCAGUCAAAGAAUCUUUGGGUGUGUUCCUUUGGGAUGGUGCGAUGAAUCCACUCCGGACAAGGAUUCGUCAGUUCAUUUGAUCUACCAUGAUCCAAGUGAUCUUGGAUCACUGAUCCUGAUCUGGUUCAUCUCAAAGGAAUGCACCCUUUAUCUCCUGGGCUGGGCUGUUAAAAUCUGGGUUAAGAUAACCCAGGGUUGGGGCAAAAUUUGAAUUCAGAUGUAAAAGCUAAAAAAUUAAAUUCAGUUUAAUUCUUUUUGUCAAGUUGAUCAUUGGAUGCUCUUAAAAACAACAGAGAAAAUUAUCUGAGAAAAUGCAUUUGAGCAAAAUAAAAAUAAACCGAGUUUAAAUUUAACCCUGGGUUUAAUGCUAAUUGGCCUUCGAACAACUGGGCCCUGUUAUUAUGUCAGGUGGACACAAGAAACUUCAAACUGUAGCAUAGCAACUUUCUUGGCUGCCUCUACAUUAACCUGAUCAAUACUGUAUUUUCUCUAUUGAAGAUCUUGUGUAUGUUGUGAGUGAGGAUGGGGGAUCAGGGAAUUCCCAGAAUGCUGUUAUUUAUUCAUUAAUCUUUUACCACAUAUUAAAAUUGCCAUACAAAAUUUCAAAUUGAUGAAGCAACGAAGCCCAUGUAGGUCAGUAUGGCUUAUAAAAGGGACUACCUUUAAAAAUAUACAUGACUAAAUUAUGAAAUAAAUACUGAUAUCGUAACAGAGAAAAUGAUGAGCAAUAAUAGGAUGAAAAUGUACAAAAGUGAAAAAGGGGGGAAAAGAAAAAGAAGCUUAGAUUCUAUUAUGUUCAAUCUUAGAUCUUACUCAACGAGCUUGGCUUUGAUGAGGGAUUCUUCUCACCUCUACGAACUAAUUACCUGAUGCCUAUCACCAGAUUAUUGUUUCCUGAAUAUGGAGGGGAUUCCUUGGAUUCACACAAGGCAUUCACUGUACAUUACAAGAUAGGAGAAGAUCUGGAUCUCAGUUAUCAUUAUGAUAAUGCUGAAGUAACUUUAAAUGUGUCACUUGGAAAGGAGUUUAUCGGUGGGGAACUUUUUUUCGGGGAUAUGAGGCAGGUAAAUGUAUUUACAAAAUAGCGUUAAUUUGAUGCAUCUUAAUUUACGUCGAUGUUAACUUAAAUCACACUAUUUUACAUCAUUGUUGUUUUACAGCACCUUUAUUUCAAUAAAAAACCUCAUCUGCUCGUAGUUCCUCUAUCAACGCCUCAGAGUACAGAGUCACUAUGUGACAGUUCUUCUUCAAGAAUUGAGUUCAAAAUGUCUUUCGACUGGUCUUCGUAUUGAUCAGUUUCCCCUAGGAUGACUGGAAAUGCUGUUUUUCCUUUAGAUAUGUUUGUUAAGAAGUUUGUAUUGCAGCGUAAAAUAAAGUUAGGCGCACAUUGUUUUGAAAAUUUCUCGUUAAUUUGAUGUAUGUAAACCUCCCUUUUGGAAAAUUCGCGUCAACUUUAUUUAACGUAAAUUUUGUCCGAAUUGUCAACGUGCAUCGUUACUUCCCUAUAACAAGGUGUAUUCUUUCCUGAUGUUCACACUGUUUCUAGUUUGCUGACAGUGUGCUGAGGUUUAAAAUCCAGAGCUUCUUCAGUACUUCACUAACUGAAACACUUUUAAUUUUUGACCUUUUUCAUGAAUUUAGGUUCCCUUGAAAGAAACAGAAUGCACCCAGUGUGAACACAAACCAACCUAUGGACUUCUUCAUCGGGGACAGCACAUGCAUGGUGCCUUACCAAUUCAGAGCGGAGAAAGAAUCAAUUUAAUCAUAUGGAUGCGCUCUUCUGCAGUGCGCAAUAAGUUGUGUCCUAUGUGCAACAGGGUACCCAGGCUGGUGCCAUCUUUUGGAGGAUCUGGUGACGGGUUUACUGUUAACCCUGUGUCAGUCUGUGCUACUCUGUAA